CCUGCACGGCGCGCGAGGUUCUCGGCUGCGAGCAAGCCAGGCAGAACCGCGUCGCGAUGGCGGGGAAGGUGGAGCAGAUGCAGAGGGACUUCCUGCACAAUAUCCUGUGCAAAAGUAUCGUACUCGUAGUAAUUGCAGUCAUGCAUUACAAAUCUUUUUCUUAAGCUAAAUCCGCAUUACAAAUUUCAUUUCUCAUGCUGAAGAAAUUUGUAAUGCAUUUAUACGAGUGCGAUACUUGUUUUGCAAUUCAUGCACAAGCUCUCCAUGCAGUUCGCGGGCGCGUAUGGCGAAUUGAAGAAGGAACUCCGGGAGCGGGAAAUCGACCGGUUGAUCAAAACCAGGAAAAGGUGGAGCAAAAGUCGAAAGUUGCUGAAGGUGGUGAGGAAAACGCUAAGCGCGGCGAAGGCAGUGGAACAGACCCAGACGGCGGCAGAGAAUAAGGCUUUGCGGGAGGAAAAGGAGAAAACGCAAGCGGAAGAUGGCGUUCCCUUUUUGGACGCACCGCCGGCAAGAGGGGCAGCAGGAGCAGGAGCUCCUGGUGGGGCGGAUAUUACGACCACUGCCACUGAUGUCGUUGAGCAAGCUGCUGCAGUUGAGGGAGCGGAAGCUGCUGCAACUACAACUACUGCUACGACUACUGCUGUUGAUGCAGAAGGGCCGGGUGCAGCUGCAAACGCGUCAUCUGAGCAGGCCGCGCCUGUAGAAGCAGCAGCUACAGAGGAAACUGCAAAUAAACCUGCGACUACAACUGUUGAAUCUGAAGCCGCAGCGCCUGCUCCUGCAGCAGAAGACGACGCACAACAAGCAGCCGCACCUGCAGUUCUUCCGGAAGAGGCCGCAGAGGCGGG